AUGGAUGAUGCUUUUAUCCAAGCAUUAUUGAAUCAGCACUAUGAAGGGUAUCGAGUUGAUGGAACUUUCACAACAACGGCAUACAACAACAUUGUCAAGGAAUUGAAGGAUAAACUUGGCAAGGAUUUCACCAAAAGUCAUUUGAUGAAUCGAAUGAAGACACUUAAAUUGCAUUUCAAUGAGUGUUAUGACUUGUUUAGAAAUGGAAAAUUUAGUGGCUUUUCUUGGAACCCUGUGACAAAAAAUUGGAAUGCUGAACCUGAAGUUUGGGAGCAACUUUUAAAGGAAAAACCGGAUGCUGAAAAAUGGAGGACAAAACAAAUCCAUAACUACGACAAAUUAGAAGAGUUAUUUGCUAAGGAUCGAGCUACUGGACAAGGUGCCGAAACAGCAAAAGAAACACGCAAUAGAUGGGCCAAUGAACCAAAUGAUGCUGAAUUGGAAAGUUUUAUUGACGUUGACCGUCUUCUCUCUCAAAAUGAGAUUACUAUAGAGAGUUUUGACAAUACAAGGAAAGAUACUGGUGUCAAAGUUUCCAAAGCUUGCAACAAAAAAUCAGUACAAGGUACGUCAUCUGCUCAAGGGAAAAAAAGAAAGUUGUCUGUUGUUGAUGAAGAACUUGAAAUUAUAAAAGGUGCACUUGAUAAUGUUGCUGAUGCAAUAAGGGAGGGAAAUUUUAUUUUCCAAAAUUCUAGAGAACGCUUGUACACCGAAAAUGAGAUUUACAAGGAGCUAACUAGUAUUGGAGUUGAAGCGGACUCUAUUGAUGACUGCUAUCUCUUUUUGACUCAAAACCAAGUUAAAUCAAGAGCAUUUUUUGGUUGUCCAGCAGAAAGGCGCAAGAGCAUAUUGGAAAAAAUGAUGCAACAGCAUAUUGGGAAAAUGAUGGAUGGUUUUCGUCAUUCAAUCCAUUUGGAUGAAAAUUUGAACAUAUAG